AUGGUCACAGCCCUCGUCCUCCUCGCGGGGUUCCUGCUCCCAUGCUGGGGCGAGUCUCUGCGGUUAGGAAGAAAGUUAAAGGUCAAUGGGGAGAAGUGCUCCCACCACUCCGACUGCUACAGUGACUGCUGCCUCAUCAACUUGGACAAUGGUGGUGCCUUCUGUGCCCCCAAGGCCAGCUAUACCAUGGAAUGCUUGCCUCAGACCAAGGGAACCACCAACAUCGUCUGUCCCUGCCGACUGGGCCUCAGUUGCAUAACCAAGAGCUUGCUAUGUCCCCGAAGGUGUUAUGUGCUUUAG